AUGGCUCCAGCAACUUACUACAUCAAACUCUAUAAUCCCGGGCCGUACAACGAUUUUCUCACCAACAAGCCUCCUGAUGGGCCAAAAUGGCGCGAGCUUCUCGACAAGGUCUCCACAGAAGCCAUCAGCCUCCGGGAAAUCGUCCUUUACCUUGAUUCGGAGCCAGCCGUCAAUCACUGGGGCCCAGCUGUGGAUGUCGAAUUUGUGCGAGCGCUUGGAAGGCUCUCUAAGCUUUCAGGUCUAAGAAAGCUGCAAAUACAAGGGUAUUUCCCAAAGGAGUGGCCAGGAUAUUUGGAGCAAACCACUGGGCUUAGGGUUUGGGAGGAGGGUACCCAGAAUGAACAGUACUUGUUGUCUUUACGAGAUUUUCAACGAGAUCUGAAAGAUCAGGAAAUCUAA